GUAGAAAAGGAGGCCACAAAGGCCGGGCGAGACAGUACACGAGUCCUGAAGAGAUUGAUGCCCAGCUCCAAGCAGAAAAGCAGAAGGCAAGGGAAGAAGAGGAGCAAGAGGAAGGAGGUGAAGGAGCAACUGGGGACCCCAAAAAGGAGAAGAAGUCUUUAGAUUCAGAUGAGAGUGAUGAAGAUGAUGAGGAUUAUCAGCAAAAGCGCAAGGGAGUGGAAGGGUUGAUAGACAUAGAGAAUCCCAAUCGUGUGAUUCAGACAACCAAAAAAGUCACUCAGCUGGACCUGGAUGGACCCAAGGAACUCUCGCGACGAGAGCGGGAGGAAAUAGAGAAACAAAAGGCAAAAGAAAGAUACAUGAAGAUGCACCUAGCUGGUAAAACAGAGCAGGCAAAGGCAGACCUCGCCCGGCUAGCCAUCAUUCGCAAGCAGAGGGAAGAAGCUGCCAGAAAGAAAGAAGAAGAAAGAAAAGCGAAGGACGAGGCGGCGAUGGCGGGCAGGAGGAUGCAGUCCCUCUCCCUCAACAAGUAAGCGCGGGACACGCGGGAGGAGGAGACGCCAGGGACCCGUGCCCGCUGCUGCCAGGACCUGUGUCGUGUUGCACGCCACCACGGGGUGCACCAUGGCACCGACGUCCCCUUCACCUCCCAGAGACACUGGCCACGUGUUUGUCCUCAUCCUGGCACGGAUCUCCCUCUG